AUGGAACCUGAAAGUACCUCGAUAAUUGAGGAGGCUAAGAACCUAUUGUCUCAAUUCAUGAAGCACUCACCCCACAAGACCCAAGAGUCUCAGAAUUAUGACGCCGGUGGUGGCUCAGAAGGCUGUGCGAUUUCGCAUAACACAUUUAGUUCUUUGGAGAAGAAAGACUCUGGUUCUCCCAUUCCACGACAAACAGCAUGUGCGAGUUCUGAGAAUUUCACGCCGGAGAGGAAGCCGGGAAAACACAACGCUUUGGCUCAACAAUCGACAUCCAAGGAGGUCUCAAACCGCCCAGCUUGUCGCCCUGAGCGCCAGCUUUCUACACACCCAAAUCCCUCGAUGGAACGCCUGAAAACUAGCCAUGAACGCACAGCUGCUCUGCCUAGAAGUGGCCGAAGAAGCUCCUUUUCACCAAAGCAGACUUCCAAAUCGGACUUGGAGAAUAACCAGGAUAGACACAACAUAUCAAGAAUACGGCGCUCCGGUCGAUCUAAAUCCGGGCCUACCAAUUAUUUCCAGCCAAUAUGUCUAUCUUCUGAGGAAGAAUCAGAUCAUAGUCAAGUCCCACCAUCGAUACCAGUUUCGCAAUGCAGGGCGUUUGACAGGGAUGCUAAGUCCCCAGGUCACAUGCACACAAUCUUCUCUUCGCAAGGACUGCAAAUCGUGAAGUCGCGCUUCAAAACAAUGGCUGAGCUUCAAGACUUGGAGCAAGCACGCUACUCGAGAGAACUGAACCCUGCAAAUUAUGCUCGAAGGAGAAUCAAGGGCCCCGAGACGGUUCUCCACAUUGACUUUGGUGAAGAUGAAAUGAAAUCCGUGUUAGAGCUGAUGUCACUUCACGGCUUACAAUGUACUGCAAACUCAGAACUAUCACUUGUUGAUCAGAUCACACUAGCCCUGUCCGGCUGCACCGUGCCUGACGAAAUAACCCGGAAAUUAUCAAGGUUAUACAAACUUUCCCAUGUGCUCACCAGCCAAGGAGUCCAUGGUGACAGCACGUCGAUUCUGAAACUAUUACAAUCCCCGGGCAAGAAGGAGCUCAUUCAUGCCAAAAGCCUAAUCGCAGAAACUUUAGAGCAAGGAGAACAAAGCUGUGGCGGUCAGUGUGAUUACCGGAUCGAGGAAAUUCACAGAUUGGCCGCCUGUCUGCAGUGUGCUUUGAAAAUCGACCGGCGCCACCAUAGGGACAUUGAUGCGUUUCUCAAGGACGCUAAGAAUGGGUGUCUCCCGUCAAUUCCGUGUGUCGUGAAGGCCAUCGCAUCUCCUACCAAACUUUCGCCACCAGACGGCAGGCUUCCUGGGAGCUCUCAAAGGUUUGCCCAAUUAUUGCAAAGUAGAGAAUUAGGAUGCAGCGUGAGCAGAAAAAUCAACUCUGAUGUUGCAAGCAACUUCAGACCCUUCAAGAAAUGGAAAGGAGCCUCGAAUGACGUGGUAGCGAUGGCGUGGUCACCCGACGGAACAAGAUUUGCAGCUGGUGCCACAGCGCAGUGCGAUGAGCACAACAUGGAAUAUAAUCGGAGAAAUAACUUGCUACUCGGGGAUUUGACCCGAAAUUGUUUGGAAGAAAUCCCCGAUCAUUGCAUCCCUCGACCGGCUGGAGGUGCAAAUCGGGCAGUGACUGAUACUCGGCUUUUUAUGAGCGUCACGGCUGUCCAAUGGUUCCAAGACUUUCUGUUUACAGGAAGUUACGAUAAUACGGUGAAGCUGUGGGAUUUGGCUGGGGGGAAAGCGUCAUGUUAUAAAACCCUCCGGCAUGAUUCCAAAGUGCUAGUCAUGGCUCGUUCGACCUUUGAACCUAAUGUGCUCGCCACUGGAACGCAUGAGAUUGGAUUGUGGAAUGUCAAAGAGUCUACAUACACUUCUCUUGAGCUUCCCCAAAAUGUCAGUAAGAAGGGCAUUGAACUGGUGCCAACAUCUUUAGCAUGGGGUACUGUUCCCUCCACUAAGAACAUACUGCUUGCUGGCUUGGCUGAAAGUGACGAUGGGAUCCCACAAAAUGGUCAUCUUGCAGCCUGGCGUGUUGAGGAAGGGAGGGCGAGUCCUCUGCCAUCAUUUUCGCCUAACUCCCAAAACAUCUUCGACAUCAAGUGGCAUCCGACUUCGGAAGCUUUUGUUACGGGGAGCUCCACGGCACAGAGAAACAUCGGGUCUGUCGUCCGUCACUACGAGCCUCUCAAAACGAGAAUGGGGAUUUACGAGUUUGAUUGUCCUGCCUUGGAUAUUAACGAGGUUACGUUCUGCCCUACCAACUCAAAUUAUGUCACGGCCAGCUGUACCGACGGUAAUACGUAUGUUUGGGAUUAUCGCUAUAACAACGAUUUUGUCCUCAAGCUCCCGCAUGGCGGGCCCCUCAAUCAAACCGACGAGACCCUCACUAGAGAGCAAGCAGAUGUGGGCGUGACUGUGGCAUUUUGGGGAAAUGAAGUCGAUCAGUUUUACACCGGGGCAUCAGACGGCAUCCUCAAGAAGUGGAAUAUCCUUAAAUCUCCGGAGGAUGCACUUGUUGACGAUAUAGCUAGCCUGGAAGAAGAGAUAACAUGUGCAACGUUAUCAGAGGAUAAAUCAAACCUCUUGGUCGGGGAUGCUGCUGGCGGCAUUCAUGUGCUGUCAUCGGGGCCCUUUUUCAACACCGACGAAAGGUCGUUCACAUUCGAAAGUGCUCCUCAACUGGCCUAUGAGGAUUACGAGACGGAGCCCGAGUCAGGUGUCAAAGCUGGACGCAAUUUGUUAGCAUCUGGUCAGCUUUCCUUGCACCCUGUAUAUGGAGUUGGACAAGGACCUCAUUACACCGGGCCUUUUGCUGCUUGGGCUCGACCGGAAGGGACAACGUGCGAGAAUAUUGCGCGAACGCAGCUCAGGAGGGAAUUGCAGAUUCGUCAACUUGACGGGACCCCCAUCAAGUACCGCAGCGGGCUGGACGAACAAUCUAGAAGGGACGUCGAGGCACAAAUUCAACUCGCCCGUAUCCGGAAUCAGAGACAAAACGAGAACAAGAGAAAGAGGGACGACUCCGCAACCACCAUGAACCGGACUGCAUUUACCCAUAAUUUCAUCGAUCUGUGCAGCGAUGACGACGACCAUGCUCGUUCUUUGACGGUCCCCUCCGGUGAGCUCAAGCGGCGAGCAAAGGCACGGAGAAGCGAGCCUCUAAUUGUGAACAUGGAAAGUGUCAUCAUCGACCUUACUGGGGAUACUGAUAGCGAGGAAGAGGCGCUUGCAGACGCUCCGCCUGGAAUGGAACUCGGUCGUGUUCCUGACCAUUUUACAUUUGACAGAGUUGACAGUUUGGAGAACGAGCGUGCCGAAGAACUAGAAGAGACACUAUGUGAGGAUUUUUGGUGGCCACCAAGCCACACGAUUGAUCCGAACAUUCAUGAUGAUGCAGUUUAG